AUGUUGCGCUGGUCGGUGCACCUAGAAGGAGGGCCACGGAGAGUCAACCAUGCUGCUGUGGCGGUGGGGCACAAGGUGUACUCCUUUGGAGGCUACUGCUCCGGGGAGGACUACGAGACACUGCGUCAAAUCGACGUGCAUGCCUUCAACACAGUGUCAUUACGCUGGAUGAAGUUGCCUCCGGUGAGGGCAGGAGGAAAUGAACGCGUCCGUGAAGUGCCGUACAUGCGCUAUGGCCACACAGCUGUGCUGUUGGAUGAUACAAUCUACCUCUGGGGUGGGCGCAAUGACACAGAGGGGGCCUGCAACGUGCUGUAUGCCUUUGAUGUCAACACCCACCGGUGGUCCACGCCCAAGAUCUCAGGGACAGUCCCUGGGGCAAGGGAUGGCCACUCAGCCUGUGUCCUGGGGAAGACAAUGUAUAUAUUUGGAGGAUACGAGCAAUUGGCUGACUGCUUCUCGAAUGACAUCCACCGGCUGGAUACCACCACCAUGGUUUGGUCACUGAUUAAUGCCAGAGGCACCCCAGCACGAUGGAGAGACUUCCACUCGGCCACCAUCAUUGGGACAAAAAUGUUUGUGUUUGGAGGAAGGGCAGACCGCUUUGGUCCCUUCCAUUCCAACAACGAGAUCUACUGCAACAAGAUCAAAGUGUUUGACACAGAGACCAACUGUUGGCUGAGCACCCCUUCCACCCAGCCAUUGCCAGAGGGGCGCAGGAGUCAUUCAGCCUUUUCCUACAACGGGGAACUCUACAUAUUUGGAGGAUACAAUGCCCGUCUGGACCGGCACUUCAAUGAUCUGUGGAAAUUCAACCCAGACGCCUUUUGCUGGAAGAAAGUAGAGCCGAAGGGCAAAGGCCCCUGCCCGCGGAGGCGGCAGUGCUGUUGUAUGGUCGGGGAUCGAAUAAUUCUCUUCGGAGGAACUAGGGCUGAGGCUGGAGAGGGGAGUGUCAAAGAGCUAACGAAGGGUGCAGAGGAAGAAAUCAAACACCACUUAAUAUCUCUAACAUCCUGUUUUAAGGAAUUUGUUCAGGAGUAA